AUGAAGCUCUGCCAUCUCGCCGAGGCUGCAGCGCUGCUGCUGCUGAGCCACGGCUCGCUAGCAGCGCUGCCCAGCAACACAACAUCAUGGCAGCAAUACGUGUAUGCGCCGUCGGAGAGGCGACUCACCCCUGUGGCCGUACUGUCAACCACGGGCAAUGUGACUAAUGCAGAGGCGCUGGUGUCCGGUUCUGGCGUCGCAUACUUCAGCCGUGCGCCCAAGCAGACCUCAUUCCCGUCAUGGCCAGCAGGCACCACGGCGCAGGGGUCCUCAGAGGCCGGGUCGAACACCGUCAACGGGGCAGUACGCACGUACUACGCCAGCAAUGCGAUUGACGGCAACCUAACCACAUUCUGGAACGACGCCACACCUGGCGUCUACCCGGACACGCUGACCAUCACGGCGCCGUCCGCCGUCACGCUGGACGGCGUUACGGUUGAGAGCGUUUCGGACGGUGUACCUGUUGAUUACACAAUCGAGACCUGGGAUGGAUCUAACUGGAACACGGCCGGCUCAGUCACGGGUAACAGUGCCUUGCGGUCGCGCGUCACCUUCGACUCCCAAAUAUCAACCACCCAAGUGCGUAUGACUGUGACUCAGGACCAGUCGCUCUCGGCUGGUGAGUACUCGCGCGUGGCAGAGCUGUGGCCAGGGCUGGUGGCCGACGACGCGGUAGCAGAGGCUGUGUUUGAUUUUGGCCAGAACGUCGUGGGCUUCCUCAGCAUUGAGACUACUGGUGCUUCCAAUAAUGCACCGGGCAUCGAGCUCGCCUUUUCCGAAAGUCUCGAGUACUUGACAGAUAGAUCAGACUUCACCCGAUCAGACAACGGGAACCAGAUCACCCAGGGCACCGACCACAUCGCCACGCCCGCAGCACCCUACAACUGGACCGACACCUUGGGCUGCACGUACAACGGGGCCCAGGUGUGCUCAGAUGGGCUGCACGGCUUCCGCUACCUGAAGAUCAGCAUCGACACGCUGCCAACUGACGACAUGUUCAGCACGCCGGCCGGCUGGAUCGACAUCGCCUCGGUUUCGCUCAACUUCACUGCGUACCUGGGCACGCCAGACAGCUAUAGUGGGUGGUUUGAGUCGUCUGACACAACACUGAACGAGUACUGGUAUGCGGGGACGUACACCAACGAGAUGACUAUCGACACCUUCUUGCUCGACACAGUCGAUGUGCGCAACACGGGCAAUCAGACGCUGGUGGGCCAGACAGUGCUAUUUGACGGUGCCAAGCGUGACCGCGACCCCUAUGUUGGCGAUAUUGCGGUGUCUGGUAAGACCGCCUACCUGUCGCACCAGGACACCGCGGGCGCCGUCUACAAUGUGCUGGCUGAUUUGGGCAAUCACCAGAGCUCGAACGGCUGGAUCCCACCAGCCUCGCUCUUUGACUACGGUGUGCAGCUGUUUGAUUACUCGUUCUAUUGGGUAAUCAGCUUCUGGGACUACAUUCUGUAUACGGGCGACAUCGACCAGGUACAGCCGUACUAUAGCAACCUGCAGAAUUUGCUGAACAACUGGGCUCCUUCUGUGACCGAUAGUACCACGGGCUUGCUGACCAAGAGCGACAACCAGGGCUGGGGAGAUUACGGCUUCCUGUCGCGCUACGGCAUUGUCACCUACUAUAAUGCGCUGUACGUACUCGCGCUGCAAGACGCUGCAAAGAUCGCGAACGUGCUCAAUGAGACCGACGAUGCCGAGAAAUGGCUACAACGGGCCACUGCUGUCUCCCAGGCGAUCAACGACAACCUUUGGGACGCCAGUGUAGGCGCCUACGUUGACGAAAUGGGCGGCACACGCCACGCACAGGACGGUAACGCCAUUGCAGUGAUUGCUGGUAUCGCCAACAGUAGCCAGGCGGCGUCCGCCCUGAAAUAUCUGGCGGACAACACAGCCAAGUUCUGGGGCAACGCGUUUAUGGACGAUGACUCAUUGGGCAGCGGCACGUCGGACCGGGUAUACGCGUUUAUCUCUUAUUUUGACCUGGAUGCGCGCUUCCUGAUUGGCGACGCAGAUUCAGCGCUGGACGAAAUCCACCGGCUGUACGGCACGAUGAUUCAGAGUGAUCCUGGCAUUACCUUUUGGGAAGGCGUUGGCACCAACGGCAGUGCAUACGAAGGCGCCUUCACCUCACGCUGCCACGGCUGGUCGACGGGCGUGGUACCGGUGCUCACUCACUAUGUGUUAGGCCUCAAGCCAACCGGGCCUGGCUACGAGACAUUCUCAAUCAAGCCGGCCUUCCCGACAAACCUGACCUGGGCACGCGGUCAGGAAGCCACACCAUACGGCGACAUCUAUCUCGAGUGGACGGUCGACGAGGACAACACGCGCACCAUCACCUUUACCUCGCCCGCUGGCACCCUGGCCAACGUGACGGUGCCUAUGUCCAAUUCGGUAUCGCUUGAUGGGGAAGUGCUGUGGUCGUCUUCAGGCCAAACCACCGACGCCGUUGCUGUGGAGGGUAAUCUUGUGACCAUCAUCGAUGUUGUGCCCGGCAACCACACGAUUGUAUCCCAGUAA